AUGUUUCGACGGACGCUCUUUCAAGUCUCUUCGCGCAAGGCAGUAAGCCCCUUUCGCAUGUCGUCUAUAAGACCACAUACCUCUCAGCCUCGCUCGCCACCACCCUCACAAUCCCGCAUUGAGCGCUUCAAUCGUCAUCUUCCCAAGUUCCUCCACAAGUACACGAAUGCCCUCGCGACUGCUCCAGUCUCUCACAUAACCGCCUUCCUUCUGCUUCACGAGAUCACCGCCAUAGUUCCCCUCCUAAGCCUCGUCGCAACAUUCCACUACACUCAUUGGCUUCCCUCAUGGUUUGCAGAAGGGACGUGGGUCCUCCAAGGUGUCGAGCGGUUCGGCAAGUACUUUCGCCGCAAAGGCUGGAUACGAUCCGAUGAAGUGUCGGAAGCCGAGCGUGAGGUUCAAUUGGAAAUGAGGAGGGGGGGCAAAGCAUGGGACAUUGGCGAGGGCGGAGUGAGGCUGGUGGUUGAAUUUGCAACGGCUUAUGCAGUGACGAAAAUGUUGUUGCCAUUUAGGAUUGUGCUGAGCGUGUGGGCCACACCGUGGUUUGCGACGAGGACGGUUAUUCCGGUUACGAAUAUAGUGAAAGGGCUUUUUGGAAGUGGGAAGCUAAAGACUCAGGUACGGGCGGGGUCAAGGGCCGCGGGGAUGGGAACUUUCGAUACGGGUGCAGUCACGAAGAGCAAGUCAGGGAAG